AUGCAUUCCUGCAUUCUACUUUUAGCUCUCUUCGGCUCCGUCGCGGCAAAGAUUCAAAAGGCGUAUUACGGUAAUGUGAGGGUGGAACACGAAAAAUGACGAUGCAUUUCAGAAUGUCCCGAGCAACAAACGAUCACUCCGAAAAGGCCGAUAAACACUUCGGCCAUCUACACUUUUCCUACGAAGGCAUUCACUCAGUAUCCGGCGAACUCUGCUUGUGCUUGGAUUGUAAAAGUUUCCGUUCCAUUUCCAGAUGAAAUAUUCUUCCUUUGAGGUCAACAUUCCCUCCAACUACACAGUGAUCGUUCAGUUGAAGGCAACGAUUCCCGACGGAGGCCACGUCACUGUCACUCAGAUUCCGUUCCUCAAUCAAACUGAGAAGUUAAUAUGCACUAGCUCAAGUUCUCAUUCUCUGAAUUCCAGAUUCGUAGACGACAUGGAAGUGACCCGAUUCUUCAGUCCGCCACAGUUCGACAUCUUCUGGUACCCGGGUCCUUCGGACGACGGUAAUCUCAAGUUCAGCAUCCAAUUUCUCGAUGUGGAUCCUGAUGAAUGA